AUGGAGCGCUCGGGACUGACAGAUGCUCAACGCAUGGGCUAUCUCAUCCAGUUUCAUGUCAUUGAGUUGGAGUCGUACAUCAAGUUCCAGAGAGGACCUGCUACGGAGACGAGCUUCAACAUCCAAGCUCUUGCCUCGGUCGUCACCAAGCUCCACGAGAUCAAAAAUUUGGCCGUGAUCACGCAGAAGGACAUUGAUCAGGUGAUCGGAAUUGUCCAGUCGGCGAUUUCCAUGGCAAAUGGCAGACUGGAGACUGCUGCUACUGACGAGAACGCGGCCAAGGCUCGUAUUUGGGCAGAAACCCAGGAUGAGGGACGUCAAUACAAGGAUACAACUACCAACAUCCCCGCCGCCGCUGCCUUUCUCCACAUCGUCGACGUCCUCGACAACGCCCUCUUCGAACUCGGGACAGCUCUUUGCGAUUCUCAACUUCAUACGUUCCGCGCUUUGGAGAAGGAGAACACCCGCUUGAUUUCCUUGACGGUUGCUCAGAAUGCCACCAUCGCUCGUUUGGCGCAAGAGAACGCCGAGCUAAAGGUAUGA